AUGUAUAGCUGUAGUUCUAUGCUGUAUAGCUUUAGUUCGAUGCUGUAUAGUUGUAGUUCUAUGCUGUAUAGCUUUAGUUCUAUGCUGGAUAGUAGUAGUUCUCUUAUGAAUAGCUGUGGUUCUCUGAUGUAUAGCUGUAGUUCUAUGCUGUAUAACUUUAGUUCUAUGCUGUAUAGUUGUAGUUCUAUGCUGUAUAGUUGUCGUUCUAUGCUGUAUAGUUGUCGUUCUAUGCUGUAUAGUUGUCGUUCUAUGCUGUAUAGUUGUAGUUCUAUGCUUUAUAUUUGUAGUUCUAUGCUGUAUAGUUGUAGUUCUAUGCUGUAUAGUUGUAGUUAUAUACUGUAUAGUUGUAGUUCCCCUGCUGUAUAG